AUGGCGAAUUUUUGCAGCUCAUGUGGCGAAAAUCUGGGCCAGUUUGCCAUGGCCAAUUUUUGCCCCAAAUGUGGGACGAAAGUGCACGCAGAGUUUAAUGCGAUAGAGAGCGUGGUAAUAGAGAAGUAUUUCCAUUUGGGUUAUGAUUAUAAAACAAUCACAGAUCUGCUACAGGUCUACCAUGGCAUCUCCAUGAGUGUUCGCACUCUUAAAGGGAGACUUCAGAGCUAUAAUCUUGUGAAAACGAAAAUAAACGCUGAUGAAGACUUGAUAAGGAACAUCAUUAGAAGUGAAAUGCAAGGGCCAGGGAAGCUUGCUGGUUACAGGAAGAUGUGGCAUAUACUAAGAAUCAAACACCAUGUACAUGCAUCAAGAAGGCUUAGUGUUCAAAUUCUUCACGAACUUUCGAUGAUUUCAAACGAGCUCCAAAAAGCUCCCCAUGUGCAGUACACAAAACAUCUACUCGAUCAUCGUUUACCAGGCAAACGUUGUCACUUUGCCAUUCUUCUGCGAGGAGUCUUUGGGAAGCUGGCGUCCAAAUACAGUAAAAACAAUUUGGAGGCCACAAAGAAAGGAGUAAGGAGUACUCUUGCUUUGCUUCCUUUACUCGGUGUCACGUAUUUGUUUGGAUUCAUACAGUUCAAUGAUGCGUUGCGUUGCCUCUUCAUUGUGCUCAACUCAACUCAGACUGCAAUAGCCUUAUAUUUCAAAAAAGAUACAUCUAUUUUGAGAAUGUCAGACAAUCUGUCCCAGCUGAUUGUAUACACCAUUGUCAGCGGUCUGAGCAUUUUGAACAACUUGUCGCUUGGUAGUUCAGUUGGUAGUUCAGUUGGUAGUUCAGUUGGUAGUUCAGUUGGUAGUUCAGUUGGUAGUUCAGUUGGUAGUUCAGUUGGUAGUUCAGUUGGUAGUUCAGUUGGUUGUUCAGUUGGUAGUUCAGUUGGUAGUUCAGUUGGUAGUUCAGUUGGUAGCUCAGUUGUUGCGUUUGUCGUUCUGUGGGUGGUUCUGUUGGUAGUUCAUUUGGUCAUUCAGUUGGUAGUUCAGUUGGUAGUUCAGUUGGUAGUUCAUUGCGUCAUGGUUGAGGUGAAACUGAGAUACCUCCAUGCAGCUGUAAUCGUGCACCUUUUCAGUGCGGUGAAUACAAACUUUUGCAAUGGCCGAAUCAACACAGUAAGAACUCCCACCUACCCCAGUCGGCCAAUACGCGUUCCUGAUCUUGUGCUACUUCGCCGGUUUAAAGCCAACUGCCGCGACGAAGAAGGAUUAGGAUACAAGUCAGAACAAGUUUGGUCGACGUCUCCAUGUCUUCAUUGCCAUUGCAAUGAGAGUCUAAUCUCAUGUCAAAGAAGAGUGAAAGUGUUCUUCCCAGGGUACAAGAACGGUUUCACUUGGCUAGAAGAGACCUGUCGUCAACCCUCUUGUAAGAUUCUCCAGUUCAUUCGAGAGAGGACAGAUAUUUGUGAAGGUGUGGAGAUAAUUAUGGAUGGUGGAAUCCUAAUGAAACACCAAAGUUGGAAUUACAAAGGCUGCAAACUGUUUUUCAAUGGAACAGACCUUGAUGGCAGUGAAGUCUGUCCUCCCAUGGCCAGACCUGAGUGCUAUGUCUACAGCGGAACUAUCUGCUGUGCCUCUAAGUGCGCAGCUCUCCAAGAAAUAGCAAAAAUGUUGAGAGGCAACCUAACAGUAUGCUCAAAUGGUCACCAGCUGGUUUCAGAGGGUCUUUGCCGGAAAAAACCUCUGGGCUGUUUGCAUGAUCCCAGUCGUAAUAGCUGUUCGUCGGAGGUCUCGUGUCAGGAUGAAAAGUCCAAUCAGUACUUCGAGGGGGUCACGUGGUCAGUGGGUAACUGCAUUCAGUGCUCCUGUCGAGCUGGAAAGAUCCACUGCAAACGAGAGAUCUCAGUGAUAAAUAGCUUGGAGGAAGAAUCUCUGACAGAAUAUUGCAUUCAAAAUGAGUGUGAUGUAUCCCGUUUUCUGGCCAAAAAUCGCGGCAAGUGUAAAGCUUGCAGGUGGAAUGGCACCAUCUACUUUGAAGGCGAUAGCUGGAAGGAAAAAGAUAUCCAUUUCUUUUGUAGCACCUACGAUCAGACACUGAGGGCUGGUUGCUAUGUUGAACAACGCCGAGUGAAUUGCGCGCAGACUUCAAAAUUAGACAUAGGAAACAUCACCUCGUUGUACGACGACCUUUUCUUGUGCAAAAGUGGAGACGAAAUUCUGUCGAUAGAUAAUCGGUGUGAUGGUUCUGUUAAUGACUGCUCUGAUGGAUCAGAUGAGGACGAUUGUGACCAAUGUUACUGUGCCUCGAAAAAUAUGUUGUCUUUUAAAUUACCAAGGUCAGCUUCUUCUGCAAAGGAAAUACGACAGUGCUCUGCAAUGGAUCCAUCCUUAACAGGAACGCUUCAGUUUGAAUGCGUUUAUGGCAAAUAUACAACCAUGUGGAGACUCUUAGACGAGAAAUGUAAAUGUGAAAAUAAAGGUCUUCUUGAUUACUUCAAUCAAAAGAUUACGGAGGUGAACAUUACAAACUUUCUUGACAUUUCACGAGAGUUUUCUGCUUCAAUAGGGCGUUUUCAAAACAACAGAGUGUUUUUUGAGAUCUACAACAAUCUCUUCCAAGCCGUAAAAAUGUUAUUAACACCCGUCACUCCGAAGAACGCUAAUAUCACGAUGAUCUUCUGUCAGGAUAUUUUUGUGUCUUACAAGCACGCGCCUCCCACAUCCACCUCAGACUUCUGUAAGACUAAAAGUUCCUUUGAUUUGGAAGAGCGAAUGAAUUUGACAAUUGCAGUGUGCCAUCUCUUUCGGGAGGCUGCGUCACUGGUAGGCUCUAACAAGUCAUGUUACAAACCUCCUCCAAGAGGGGCUAGCGGUCCUGGCGGUCCUGCGAUGUCUGGGAUAUUUGCCCCACGCCCCCCCAGAGAAAUGACGGUCCCGACCGGAAGAUUCAACACAAAACGCCAGUUAGAUAUCAGGUUAAACUCCAAAUCACUUGGGUGGCUGCCAGAUUUUCCAUCAAAAGAAGUUCAUCUGAACCUGACAUCUGUCGUAAACACCACAAACAGUUCUAAUAUUUUAGACAAGGUUAAGGUCCCAUUCAGCCACAAAGAAAAAGAGAUAAUGGAAGCAAAUGGCUGUAAACUGAUUACAAUCGAUGAGGAAAGCGGAGAUCAAGUGAUCCUCAACCCUGAGCUCACGCCCGAGUCACUCAAACAAAGAGAAAUUCAGGGCAACUUGGAGUUGGUUCUCAUUUGUAUUUCAAUAGCAGCAGUGUUCGUGUCACUUGUACUCCUUACAGUCAUAAGGAUAAAGAGUGAAAAGUUGUUUGUGCAUAAAAAUCUUCUGCUGUCAAUGGGCCUCGGUAACCUCGUGGGUGUUCUAGAUGCGACAUUCUUCAAAACUAGAGAGAAAUAUCCUGCGUUUUGCACGACCCUGGCAGUGGUCGAGCACUUUCUUUACACUGCAAUAUUUACCUGGAUGUUGGUUGAAGGAAUAAAUCUGUACAUCAAGUUGGUCAAGGUCUUCUCUCUGAACAAGCAAUAUGUGACCUACGUGGCAGUGGGCUGGGGAAUCCCUCUGGUGAUUGUGGGAUUGGUGGCAGCCAUUGAACCGUCGAGUUAUGACAUGGGGAAAGUCACAUUCACCGAUAUCACUUGUGGCUCCUUGGUUAUACGAAUGGAAAUAAAGCGGGACAGAUGCUGGCUCAACGGAAACCAGUGGAUUUUUAAAGGACCAGUUUUGGCCAUUCUUCUGGGAAAUGUUGUCAUUUUUGCUAUUCUUCUGCGAGUUGUCUUUGGGAAGCUGGCCUACAAAUAUAGUAAAAACAGCUUGGAAGCUUCAAAGAAAGGUCUAAAGAGUAUUCUUGCUUUGCUUCCUUUACUUGGUGUCACGUAUUUGUUUGGAUUCGUACAGUUCAAUGACGCUUUGCGUUAUAUCUUUAUUGUGCUCAACUCAACUCAGGGAGUCGUAUUUUGUGUCUUUCACUGCAUACUUGACGAUCAGGUCCGAGAAGCCAUUCGCAAGCUUUGUAAGAAACAGUCACUGGGUUCGCAAACGGAAACAUCGAUAGCUAUGACUUCUGAUGGCAGAAUGAGAACGGGCAGGAAGUCACAUGGCGACGAAAAGAAGGACUGCGAGGUCGUCCAAGAUGAGCUGGUAAAAGGAGAGGCAAUUUAACGAGUACAAUUACUUAUUGAUCAACCUUGAGAGUGAAGGGUGUAAACUGCAUAACAACUUGAAUGCUAACACCCCUCCGUGCCGUCAUGCUGCGGAUAAAGCUGUGUUGCUUUGUUUAUGAUUCACCAAGAGGGUCUCAAUGGGGUUAACCGUUAGCCGUAAAACUGCAAAACAGUUUAGCUCUCAGGCGUAAAAAUUGGCAUAUUGUAACCAAUAGUCAUAAAUAAAGUUGAUCGUAAAAUGUUUUCUUAUCUACGAUGCGUCGUUUAGAAAGUGUCAAAAUCUUAGAGCGCUACAAGUCUAGUCUUGUGGCCGACAGAAAUUUUUUAAUAUCAGCCGAAGAGCAGCACGAUCUCAAAUCGGCCUGGUUGCCUGAGUCUUGUGGUAAAAGCAAGCGGAUAACUGUGUUUUAAAACACCGAAAAAUAGUCAUUAAGUUUUCACAAUGAUUGAAACUAAUUUGUAACAUUUCUGUUAACUGUUACAGGAAGAAAUUAACCGUUAGUCGUAAAAUACAUCACCCCAGUGAGACCCUCCACUAAGGUCUAGAAUAAUCAAAAAACGAAAGUGACAAGUAGUAUCGCUUUGUAACUUUGUAAUGCUUUCAUAGGGAUCUAGGAAUGAAGCUUAAAUGAAGCUUUGUCGUUUUGCUAAUGAUGUUAUUAACUUUAAUGGUGGAUCAAGAAGUAACGAUAAGUCAUCUUUAGGGAUUUAGGUAAAAUUGAUAAUCUACUUUGAAGCCUGCGUAAAUAAGACCAGCGAUAUGUAGUUUAAAAGUCGCGAAUCGGAAAUCAAUUGAAUCGUUAUCAUGUUUAGCCAUGUUCGGGGUUAGAUAAAAGAAGCAUGGAAAGUAUGGGUUAUCUAAACCGAUAGGAAAUGCUUAACAUAUUCAGCGCAUGUACCAAAAAUGCUACGCCGAUUGUAAAAAGUAAAAGCUCAACUCUAAUAGUC